AUCCGAAAGCGACCCCGAAAGUCGCCGAGCCACUGGCAUAAAACCCUUGGGGGCUUUUGAUCGAUGACUUUGCGAAUUUAAACGUUCAACCUUGAGUCUCUUCAAUUGCCCUUGCGCUGAGUUCCCACCUGCCACGUGCUGGACUCACCGCCUUCCUGUUCUGCAAUUGCCGGCAGGGAAUCGCCUCGCGCAGCCAACGCCUACAACUCGAGUCAAUCGCGCCUUGCUGCUAACCGCUCCAACAACCUCUCAACAGCCGCAUCCUGUCGCGAAAAUGGAAGAACUCGAGGAUCUGGAAGUCCUUUCCUUGGUGGUGCGUGUCGCCAAGGAAAUGGACAACCAUAUGGGCAUAAACGACACCGACGCCGCAGAAUAUGUCAUCCACCAAAGGCUAGAAUGCGACUCCUUGGAGGCCUUCAAGGCCAAGAUGGCCGACGACCCUCUUACCGACACUCUCCUCGAGAGUAUAGACCGCCUGGUCGUCACCAUGCAUCCCAAGAUGAAGAAGGGCCGUCCAAACGCAUCCGCACCCCCGACCACUGGCCGCACCCAGGAGGAGAAGGACCACAUCUUCAAAGGCCUGGCCGUUGCCGACCAAGACGCCCCGACGCGACCCGACGACGACGGCGAUGGGCCAGACGCCAUCGACGACACCCUCGCCCUACUAGAGAACCUAGAGGGCAAGGCUGUCAAGGAGAGGCAAAACAACAAGAAGCGCGAAAGGUCGCGCAGUCCCGACAACGACGGCCGCCACCGCAGGAAGGAGCGCCACCGUUCCCGGUCACCGCUGCGGUCGCCCCGUGGCGGCGGCCGGUCUGGCCAUGACCGUAAGAGCAGGAGAGAGCGCAAAUACGAUGACGAUUCCGAGUCGGACCACGACGUGCCACGACGAGGGCGGGCCCCUGAUCUUGACGACGCGCCGGUUCUCAACAAGGUCUACGAAGGCCAUGUCACGGGCGUCAAGGACUUCGGCGCCUUUGUCAACCUCCACGGAGUUCGGGGCAAAGUCGACGGCCUGGUGCACGUGUCGGUCAUGGCCGAGAGGGGGCGGGUCACGCACCCGUCAGAUGUCGUGGACAAGGGCCAGCCAGUCAAAGUCAAGGUCGUCAAGAUCGAAGGGAAUAGGAUAGGUCUUUCCAUGAAGGACGUCGACCAGGAGACAGGCAUGGACCUUGUGCCCCAGCCCGAGCUGCGCUUUCAGUCGGGCGCCAACUCGGAGGCGCUGGGGUCGAGGAACAGGUUGAGCAACGGCCUACUGCCACCCGAGGCGGGGCCCUCACUCGACAACAUCAAGAACACGCUUCCUGGCAAACGGCACAAGAAGCGCAUGACAUCGCCAGAGCGCUGGGAGAUCCGCCAGAUGAUAGCGUCUGGUGUCGCAAAAGCGUCCGACUACCCGGAGCUGGAGGAGGAGUACAAUAACACGCUGACGGGCGAGGGCCAGAUGGAGCUGGAGGAGGACGUCGACAUCGAGAUCCGUGAGGAGGAGCCCCCGUUCUUGGCCGGCCAGACGAGGCAGUCGCUGGAGCUGUCGCCCAUCAGGGUCGUCAAGGCGCCCGACGGGUCGCUGAACCGCGCCGCCAUGGCUGGCACAUCGCUGGCGAAGGAGCGCAAGGAGAUUCGCCAGCAGGAAGCCGAAGCCGCCAGGGGUGCCGAAUCCAAGGUCGACCUGUCGGCGCAGUGGGAAGACCCGAUGGCGGACCCGGAGAAGCGCAAGUUCGCGGCCGACAUGCGCCGAGCCAACGCCCAGCCGCGACGCGACGACGCCGUCCCCGAAUGGCGCCAGGCCAUCCAGCCCAAGGACCAGUCGUUCGGCAAGCGCACCAACAUGACCAUCAAGCAGCAGCGCGAGUCGCUGCCCGUCUAUGCCUUCCGCGACCAGCUUGUCAAGGCCGUGCGGGAGAACCAGAUCAUGAUCGUUGUCGGCGAGACGGGGUCCGGAAAGACAACGCAGCUGACACAGUACCUGGCCGAGGCCGGUUUUUCCAACGACGGCGUUAUUGGGUGCACCCAGCCUCGGCGUGUGGCCGCCAUGUCGGUGGCCAAGCGCGUGUCGGAAGAGGUCGGGUGCGAGCUCGGCCAAGAGGUCGGAUACACGAUUCGGUUCGAGGACGUCACGUCGCCCAACACGAGGAUAAAAUACAUGACGGACGGCAUGCUGCAGCGAGAGGUGGUUAUCGACCCGGACCUGAAACGGUACUCGGUCAUCAUGCUGGACGAGGCCCAUGAAAGGACCAUCGCCACCGACGUCCUGUUUGCUCUGCUGAAAAAGGCAAUCAAGCGCCGCCCUGACCUGAAGAUCAUCGUCACCUCGGCCACGUUGGAUGCUGACAAGUUCUCGGCUUACUUCAACGAGUGUCCCAUCUUUACCAUCCCUGGCCGAACAUUCCCCGUCGAGAUAUUGUAUUCGAGGGAGCCCGAAAGUGACUAUCUGGACGCCGCCCUUGUCACAGUCAUGCAGAUCCACCUCACGGAGCCCCCUGGAGACAUCCUGCUGUUCCUGACGGGUCAGGAGGAGAUCGACACCAGCUGUGAAAUCCUCUACGAACGCAUGAAGGCGCUUGGACCGAACGUCCCUGAGCUGAUCAUUCUUCCUGUCUACUCGGCCCUCCCCAACGAGACCCAAAGCCGCAUUUUCGACCCGGCACCGCCGGGGUGCCGAAAGGUUGUUAUUGCAACCAACAUUGCCGAGACAUCCAUCACGAUCGAUCACAUCUACUAUGUGGUGGACCCCGGCUUUGUCAAGCAGAAUGCAUAUGACCCCAAGCUCGGCAUGGACUCUCUGGUAGUUACGCCCAUCUCCCAGGCCCAAGCCAACCAGCGGUCCGGCCGAGCUGGGCGGACAGGCCCUGGAAAGUGCUUCCGCCUCUACACCGAAACGGCGUUCCAGUCGGAAAUGCUUCCCACCACGGUCCCUGAAAUCCAACGGCAAAAUCUGUCCAACACGAUCCUGCUCCUAAAGGCUAUGGGAAUUAACGACCUGCUGCAUUUCGACUUUAUGGACCCUCCGCCCAUCAACACCAUGUUGACGGCGCUCGAGGAGCUAUACGCACUGUCGGCUCUCGAUGACGAGGGCCUUUUGACUCGCCUGGGCCGUAAAAUGGCAGACUUCCCCAUGGAACCGUCGCUCGCCAAGGUGCUCAUCGCCGCAGUGGACAUGCAGUGUUCGGAUGAAAUGCUCAGCAUCGUGGCCAUGCUCAACCUCCCAAACGUCUUCUACCGGCCCAAGGAGAAGCAGCAGCAGGCGGACGCGAAAAAGGCAAAGUUCCACGACCCCAACGGCGACCACCUCACGCUGCUGAACGUGUACAACGCCUGGAAGCAGUCGCGCUUCUCCAAGCCGUGGUGCCAGGAGAACUUUAUCCAGUUCCGGGCCAUGACGCGGGCGCGCGACGUGCGCAACCAGAUUGAGAAGAUCAUGCAGCGCUACAAGCACCCGGUGCGCAGCUGCGGCAACGACACGAACCGGGUGCGGCAGGCGCUCUGCUCGGGCUUCUUCCGCAACGCGGCGCGUAAAGACCCGCAAGAGGGCUACCGGACCCUGAUCGAGGGCACGCCCGUGUACCUGCACCCGUCGUCGGCGCUGUUCGGCAAGCACGCCGAGUGGGUCAUCUACCACACGCUCGUGCUGACCACCAAGGAGUACAUGCACUGCACCACGUCCAUCGAGCCAAAGUGGUUGGUGGACGCGGCGCCCACCUUCUUCAAGGUGUCGCCGGCCAACAAGCUGUCCAAGCGCCGCAAGCAGGAGCGCAUCCAGCCCCUGUACAACAAGUUCGAGGGCGAAAACGACUGGCGCCUCAGCGCCCAGCGCAGGGCCGGCCGGUCUGGAGGCGGCGGUGGCACGUGGGGUUAGGUUGGUGGAUGUGUUGGGUUCACGGUUGGUUCGUUGGUUGUUGUUUUGAUAGUUUGAAAUGGCCACAGAGGUGCUGCAGAGAAUAAUACCCGUCUUUGUGUUCUAUCUUUACGUUCUAUCUUUUAUUUUCUCUAACGUCCCAAUGGCGGCAGUGGGGGCUUUUUGGAAUUCAUGGUUAUGAUGAUCGUGAGUAAGGAGUGAAGAAGCGUUAGGGAAAGGAAAAGGAUUUUGAUAAAGAAUUCGAUGAAGAAGUAUUAGGGAAGAGAAAGGGAUGUUGAUGAAGAAUUCAGUGAAGAAGGAGGAGAAGUUAAAGAUCAGGCCAGGUGUUAUUGAAAGAGCCAGAUGCCAUUUUGGAACCAUCAAACCCCUCCCAAAGUUACCCUGUUGUCAAAUCC